AUGCCUUCCGACAACGUCGAAGCGAGCACCCCAAACGCCAUGGACACGCAUCAGCAGAUGACCAAGCGCAUCCUCUGGAAGCUAGACUGUCAUAUCCUCCCGCCGCUGGCUAUCCUCUGGCUGGCCAACUUUAUUGAUCGGAGCAACAUUGGCAAUGCCAGGAUCGCGGGUCUUGAGACAGACACUCACUUGGUCGGCAAUCAGUUCAACACAAUAUUGGCAGUGUUCUAUGUCACCUAUCUCGCCAUCGAAAUCCCUUCCAACAUGGUUCUGAAGAAGAUGAAGCCCAACCGUUGGAUUCCACUUUUAGUGUGCUUAUGGGGUAUUGUGACGACGCUUACCGCCCUGGUCAACAACUUCGAAGGCCUGCUGGCUAUCAGGAUAUUCCUAGGCCUAUGCGAGGGUGGUCUCCUGCCGGGCAUGAUCCUUUACCUUAGUAACAUCUACAAACGCCACGAGCUGCAAUUGAGAGUCGGUGUAUUCUACGCUUCUGCCUCUCUCUCCGGUGCCUUUGGCGGUCUGCUCGCAACGGCGAUUACAAAAAUGGACGGAGUCGGCGGUCUGGCCGGCUGGCGAUGGAUCUUUAUCCUUGAGGGAAUCGCGACGGUCGUCGUAGCCGCUAUGGCAGCGUUGGUAUUACCGGAAGGACUGUCAACGGCAUACUUUUUGACUGAAGAGGAAAGGGUGUUCGCAGUCCAACGUUUCCUAUCGGACGAUGUAACUCUGUCGCCUUCCAGUCCCGAGAAUCCUUCUCCUGCCGGAACAAUCGAGGAAAAAAAGGGCGAAGACGUUGUUCAAGUAGAAGUCGCAGACGCGAAAACAUCUGUAAAGACUAUUCGUAAAGAAGUGGAGGAGAAAUUCGAAUGGAACGAAGUCGUUCGAGGUCUCGUCGACAUUCAGACGUGGCUUACUGGUAUCGCUUAUUUUGGCUUGAUUGUUAGCCUAUACUCCUACUCGCUUUUCCUUCCGACAAUUGUUACUGGCCUCGGUUAUUCAGGGCCUGAAGCACAGCUUCACACAGUGCCGCCAUAUGUUCCUGCUGCAGUUCUCACCGUCGUCGUGGCUUUCCUCAGUGAUCGGCUGAAAUGGCGUGGACCGUUUAUCUUAAUCUGCUUGCCGUUUGCUAUCAUAGGCUACAUCCUCGCCAUCACGGCGGAGACUAAUGGCACGCGAUAUGUUGCUGUCUUUUUUAUGGCCGCCGGAGUAUUUCCUUCUGGACCUAGUAUCUUGUCGAUCUUGCCUAAUAACAGCAGUGGCCAUUACAAGAGAGCCACGACUACCGCGCUCCAAUUGGCCAUCGCCAACUGCGGGGGCUUCGUUGCUACCUUUUCCUACACGCCAGACCAAAGACCGAAAUACAUUCGCGGUCACACCAUAUCGCUGGGUUUCGUAUCGCUGGCGUGGGUUCUCAUUGCCUGCAAUGUAUCCUACUGUUUGUGGGAGAAUAAAGCACGGAGAGAAGGUCGCCGCCAGGAUAAUCUGACCAAGUAUCAGGCACUGGUCGACGCAGGCAAAACUCGUGCCCCAAUUGGUGACAGGCAUCCCAACUUCCGCUUCACGCUUUGA